AUGGAUUGGAGACAGAAAGUGACCGGCCUCAAAGCCAGACUAUCUUGUCGUUCCACACCUGCUGUGGAUAGGGUGGACGAAUCACGCAAGAGAGACGCGCAGCAAAGUACACCAUCCACUGCCACACUGACGACCAAUAAUGAAACAGUCACGCCUCCGACAUAUAGUGAGAGCUGCGAAGCUUCCACACCAUCCUACUCUCAUUUCUACAAUGGUACUCGAUUCACCGCCACACAUAGCCGAUAA